AUGUCUCGCACCGCGGACGAAAACGACACAGAAGCGUCGAACUCGUACGCGCUUCCGACGAACACGACGGAUUCGGUCGCCGCCGCAGUCGCGAACGCGGCCGUGUACGCCCCCAUCGUCGCGUGGGCGGUGGCCAUCCUCGCGGGUUCCGCGGCGUACGCCGGACCCGUCGGCGCGUCGACGCCGAAUCUGCCUCUGAUGUGGUACGACGACGUCUUCGUCCGCGCGGGACCGUUCCUCCCGCUCGCCCCUCUGGCGUUCAGGAUCGUCGCGUCCGCGGCAGCCGGGGACAGCGUCCGAACGCGUCGACGCGCGGCGUCUCUUCCCCCUCCGUCGCGCGCGCUCGCGGUGUACGCCGCCGUCGCGCUCGUCAGGCUCGGGGUGUACCUCGUCGGACGCGCGGCGAGCAGCGCGAAGACGUCCGACCACGUGUUUCUCGGCGCGGCGGUCGCGGCGGCGGCGCACGCGGAGGCGGUCGCGGCCGCGACCGUGUUCGUGGACGUUCUCCCGUCGAUCAUCGGUUCGGACGUUCGAGGAGGGGGGGACGCGUGGAGAGCCGGCGAUGGGGUGAGGCGGAGACAGGGGAAGGUUGCGAUGGUCGUCACCGCGGCGGCGGCGGCGGUCGCGGCGACGACCGCCGCCGCUUUGUUUCUCCUUCAGUGCGGAGAUAGCUACUUUACCGCGGCGUACUUCCACACGCCGACCGAGACGUUCGCGGCGGCAUUCUUAGGUCUAGUCAUGUUGCAGUCCGUCACCAUGGGCGCGGUCACGGUGCCGGCUGCUCGAGCAUUAGGCGCUUCCGCCGGCGACUUCGUGUACGGACUUACACUGCGGUCGGCGCACGGUAGCAAGGCGUAG